AUGGCGCAGAUGUGUUACAACCUCACUGGCAAACUCUGCGCGAUAGCACACUUUAGACGCACCGUGCACGGAGGCAGGCGUCCCGUGUCGCGCGUGGGAACACGGGCCAGCUGGGAAGACAGCCGGUCUGCCGGGAGGAGACAUCUCGGUGGUGAUUCUAUUACUACUAUCACACAUGUCAAUGUCAACGUCUCGAACGGGAUAUUUCAAGACGCUGUCAGCCCCAGCGAGGGCGCUGUAUCGCCCCCGACCGUCGUCGCAUCUAACAUUGUCGUCAAUGUGCGCGACAUUUACAACACUGGCGGACUUGGCGCGCUGCUUUUUGGCUUCCCAAAAGGGUACAGCGGAGAGGAUGAGAUGCACGUUCUUAAGUGUCAGCUUCCCACCAACCUCAACGUUGGCGAGCGACUCAGCUCGAAUAUGGGCAUUCAGGAUGCUGCUCCUCUGGCCGAACCCGGUCUCGGCCUUGGCCCCAGCGUCUCCCAGCGCGGCCUCUAUGAUACUACCGACGGCAUCGACGCAUUCCUUUUCAGUGCUGGAGAAGGCUACGGUAGCGAUGAAGACGAAGAUGUGUACAUCCUCAAGCGCGACGACUCAGAGGUCGAGGCACGCUCUCCGGACCUCUACGCGUACCCUUCUUGGUCGUCUUGGAGCGCUGACAUCCGGUGCCGAGGUUGGCGGCUACAACGAUGGGGAUGA